UUUACACAUAUUUUGCCCGUGAUACACAAACUUGAAAGGUGUGCAGACAAAAAGAAUAACGCGCAAAAUUUGUUUAAACACCACUGCAUGUGUAUCAUUAGCAAAUGGAGUAAAAAAUCAGACAGUUACUGUAACGCCAAUAUUUACAUUAGAUUAGGUCCAAGAUGUGAUUUUCUUCAAGGUGUCUGUGCUAUAUACAAAGGAGUUAUCAUAUAUUUCCAAAGUAUUGAAUGUAAUGGAUCCUGCUCGUAGAAAAGUCCAAGAAGUGGCAGAUCAGCUCCUUGCAGAAGUGAAUACAGCAUACAACAAAACAGGGAAAUUGAAUGAUGAACUUCUGUCAGCGUUGAAUUUUGUAUUCCAAGCACCACUACUUCCAGCAUUAGAUAUCCUAGACAACAGAGGUGUGACUGCAAUCUCCUGUCCAAGUGGAAGAAAAGUUUAUCAGGUGCUUGGUACUUCGGGAACCCCCUAUAUCUGUCUACCAUCCAGUAAAUACUGCUCCUGCCCAGCGUACAGAUACUCUGUUUUACUGAAAAAUGAUCAUUUACUGUGUAAACAUGUGCUGGCAAUUAGACUAGCAGAGGCCAUGAACCUUACCAAGUCUCAAGGAGUGACAGAUCUAGAAAUGACCAAUCUUGUCAAGAACUUGGAGUAAGAAAGAACCAUAUACAGCACACAUCUGUCAUAUGAUGCUCACCUAUUCUCAGCAUUACCUAAUUUAUGUACAUGUACGUCCCUCUGGUUACCUGUAAUUUAUGUAGGUCCCUCUGGUUACCUGUAAUUUGUAUAGGUUCCUCUGGUUACCUGUAAUUUAUGUAGGUCCCCCUGGUUACCUGUAAUUUAUGUAGGUCCCUUUGGUUACCUGUAAUUUAUGUAGGCCCCUCUGGUUACCUGUAAUUUAUGUAGGUUCCUCUGGUUACCUGUAAUUUAUGUAGGUCCCUCUGGUUACCUGUAAUUUAUGUAGAUGUAGAUCCCUCUGGUUGCCUGUAAUUUAUGUAGGUCCCCCUUGUUACCUGUAAUUUAUGUACAUGUAGGUCCCCCUUGUUACCUGUAAUUUAUGUACAUGUAGGUCCCCCUUGUCACCUGUAAUUUAUGUACAUGUAGGUCCCUCUGAUUACCUGUGAUUUAUGUACAUAUAGGUCCCUCUGAUUACCUGUAAUUUAUGUACAUGCAGGUCCCCCUUGUUACCUGUAAUUUAUGUACAUGUAGGUCCCCCUUGUUACCUGUAAUUUAUGUACAUGUAGGUCCCCCUUGUUACCUGUGAUUUAUGUACAUGUAGGUCCCUCUGAUUACCUGUAAUUUAUGUACAUGUAGGUCCCUCUGAUUACCUGUAAUUUAUGUACAUGUAGGUCCCCCUUGUUACCUGUAAUUUAUGUACAUGUAGGUCCCUCUGAUUACCUGUAAUUUAUGUACAUGUAGGUCCCUUUGAUUACCUUAAUUUAUGUACAUGUAGGUCCCUUUGAUUAUCUUAAUUUAUGUAGGUCCCUCUGGUAGGGGAUUACAAAGUUCUGUCCAUUUUUAUGUUAUGUAUUAAUAAAUGAAGACUGAAUGCUUAA